AUGUUUAAGAGGCGGCUGGAGAAGAGCGGGGCCAGGAUCUUUCAGGAAGGGCGAGACGUACGUGUUGAAUUUGUCGGCUGUGCCGUCCCUGGGGAGGGAGAGGGACGACUGCCCGAGCGGCGCCUCUUCGGGCAGCGCAGGCAGAGAAAUCCCGUGCGGGGAUGCAGGAAUGAGCAUCUCCGCGAAGGGAGCCCCGAGGGCGUCGAGCUGAACGCGCUGCGGGCGCUCAACUUCACCAUGAUGGAGACGGAGUGCAGCCCGAGCGGCCGAGUGAACCCCGACGACUGCGACUUCAAGGAGAACGGGGUCAUCAAGGAGUGCUCGGGGCCGGUGGAGUUCCACCAGAGCUCCCCGGAGAUCGACCUGCGCUGCAACGACGCCUCCUCCAACCCGGUUCUCAUCCAGCGGGGCCGGUUCGGGCGCUUCCUGAGCAGGAUCCGGCGUAUUCGGCCCAGGAUCAGCUUCAACAUCCGGGGCACCGUCCGCCUGGGGUCCUGGGGGAAUCUCUGGUCCCCAAAGUGCUUCGGGGCGCAGUGGGGGACCCAGUCCCGGGGGUACCGCACGAGGCCGGUGACGGGAUGA